CAAAAAAAGAAAAACGUAUCAACCUUCAACUUCCCCUUAAGCACCCUAGUCAAAAACAAAACAAAACAAAAGAUGGGAGUUGUCGCAAAGAGACUAUCCCGAGCCCUCUGGUCAGCUGCUUUUUCUUCUUCAGCAUGCGGUUCCACAAUUUCAAGAGCUCUUUCCACUUGCAUUCAAUCCAAAAACUGUCCGUAUAACCAAUCUCUCUUUUCCUCCGCUUGGUCCGCCACUCAACGCCGCGGUGUCAAAUCUCGCGGUUCUGAUUUGAAGCCAGGAAACGUGAUUGAAAAAAAAGGAAGGAUUUAUCAGGUGGUAAAGGCACAACACACAACCCAAGGAAGAGGAGGAGCUAUUAUACAGGUGGAGCUCCGUGAUGUUGACAGUGGAAGCAAGUCCAAUGAAAGAAUUCGCACGGAUGAAACUGUUGAAAAUGAGUGGUCUGUUUCUCUUGACAUUAUUGGUCUUGGAUGUGCAGAAGUAUUUGUUACAGAGAAGAGUUUCACGUACCUCUAUACCGAUGAAGAAACUGGGAACAUUGUGCUAAUGGAGCCUGAGACCUAUGAGCAACUAGAUGUACCAAAACACUUGUUUGGUGAAUGUUAUGUCUACCUUCAAGAUGAUAUGGAAGUCCAUGUACAACUUUAUGAUGAAAGAGCAAUGUCUGCAUCAAUUCCUAAACGAGUAACAUGUACUGUUGCUGAAUCCGAAAUUCCCAUGAGGGCAUCAGCUACUCCACAGUAUAAGAAGGUUUUGUUGGACAAUGGCCUUACUGUGCAGGUACCGAAACAUGUCGUAGAAGGAGACAGGAUUAUUGUUAACACCACCAAUCACUCUUAUGUAAGUAGAGCUUAAGAGGCAUUUUAUUGGACACCUUCAUUCUUCUGAAUGAGAAGACCAGCGAACUAUUGACUAUCGACAAGCGUGGCUUUGCGUUACAUCUUUUAUUUGACAAAUAGUUGGGAGUUUGUUAGAAUCCAAAUUAUAGUAUAGAUAUUUUUAGCAGAGUAAGUACAUGAGAAACAUAUCCUGGAAGGGCGAUGUUAGUUUUACCUUAAAAAGCCUUAGCUUACUGCGGGGAGAGUAUUUUGUCCGAAUAAAGACCACUGUUGAUAAUGUUGCUUGUUCCUGCUUUGAGUAUCUUUGGUCCCGUGGCUUAUUGCGGGAUAGAUUUCCGUUGUUGUCUUUAAAAAAAAAAAAUAAAAAAAAAUUUAUAAA